CGGUGACAGUUUGACACUUCAGCCCCUGUCACUGCCCCUGCUGCGUCUCCCCCUAUAAGCGACACCCCGGCCCGGCGGCACCCGAGUCCAGACGCACUUCGAGUGGAGUCCACGGCAAUGGCGAGCGCGGACAGUCCUGCUUCUCUGGAGACCCUGCUCAACCAGGCCACAGACCCACAGCACCCUGAGGAGAGGUGGGAGGGCAUCCAGGCCUUUUACCAGACAGUCAAGCAGCAGCCGGACGGUCCACAGGUGGCGCUGCGGCUCCUGGCUCAUAAGAUCCAGUCCCCUCAGGAGCGAGAGGCCCUCAAGGCGCUCACGGUCCUGGAGGCAUGCAUGAAUGAGUGUGGGCAGAAGUUCCACUGUGAGGUGGCCAAGUUCAGGUUCCUCAAUGAGCUCAUCAAAGUGCUCUCUCCAAAGUACUAUGGAGCGUGGAGUCCAGAGAAAGUGAAGGAGCGUCUGGUGGAGGUGCUGUAUGGGUGGACCCUGUGGCUCCGAGACCAACCCAAGAUCCAGGAGGCCUACGACAUGCUCAAGAAGCAGGAUAUAGUGAAGAAAGACCCCAAGCUGUCCAGCACCCUGAUCAUGCCCCCCGCCCCCAACAGAAGCUCCGCCUCCAUAUUUGAUCAGGACGACACCACCAAGCUGCUGGACAGACUGUUGAAGAGCGGACGACCUGAAGAUCUGGAGACUGCAAACCGACUCAUCAAGAGCGCCAUGCAAGCUGAGCAGGAGCGAGCCGCCAAAGUGAAGAGGAGGGAGGAUCUUCUGAAGGAGGCCCACAGCACCAGCAGACAGCUCCAGGAGAUGUUAGAGAGAGAGGCACAGAGCAAGAAGCCCAGCCAGGACAUCCAGGGCGUGUUUGAGCGCUGUGACCGGCUCCGCCCCACUCUGUUCCGAUUGGCCAGUGAGACGGCGGAGGAUGACGUGGCGCUGUCUCAGGUCCUGGAGGCUAACGACGAGCUAACACUAGCCAUAAAGGCUUACAGAGCCCAUGUGAGCACACCAAGUGAAGCAGCAGAGGGGAAGACUGUGCACCGGAGCCCAGUGUCCAGCCCCAGAGAAGUGAAGUCAUACCACCUGAUAGACCUCUCCUCUCUGGACCCUGAGCUCAGACCAAACUCACCUGUGCGGGGGGAGGAGCCACAGCGUUCACCUGUACAAGGGGAGGGGUCAGGGCCGGUCAGAGGUCACACAGAGGGGCUGGUCCCUUCAGAGUGUCCCUCUCAGAAGGCGUCUUACCUGGAGGAGUUGAUCCAGCUGGAUGACGUCUUGGAUUCUGAUGAGUCCUGGGAGGGGAGGAGCCAGAGUGAGCCUACCACCAACGGGACACAGCACUGGUCACAGUCCCACAGUCGUCCUUAUCUGGAGCUGGAGACCUCCAUGUUCUCAGAGAAGAGCUCAUCUCCAGUGAGAACAGAGGAACCUUCACUGCAGAACGUCUUUGUGCCCGUCCACUCCAUACGAGCCAGUCACCUGGAGCCUGUCCCGGUGCUGGACAGGGCAGGGGUGCACGUGUCCCUGCACUUCUCCAGAGACCCUCCAGUGGGACGUCCUUCUGUAGCUGUGCUGGUCCUAUCCACUGUCAACACUUCUGCACUCAGGGUCUCGAGCUUCUGCUUCCAGGCUGCUGUCCCAAAGAGCAUGUGUGUGAAGCUGCAGCCUGCCUCUGGCUCAGAGCUCCCCCCCUACAGCCCUCUGCUGCCCCCUGCUGCCCUCUCCCAGGUCCUGCUGCUGGACAACCCACAACAGAAAGCGGUGCGUCUGCGCUACAAACUGACCCUGACUCACGGAGAGCAGCAGGUGAACGAGAGCGGAGAGAUCAGCACCUUCCCCGAGUGGAGACGUAUGAUUGGUCAGUGAACCUGUUGUCGCUCAUACUACGAGUCUGAACCAGCGCUGGAGCACAGACCUGCUGGUGGGCUGCACACAGGUUCUGUUUCUACCUCUCAUCCUACGCACCAGUCAGUCAGAGUACACUUUUUAUCAUUCCAGUGACAAUAUUCAAACAGUAUUAUGGCAGUCCAUCAGAGAUGAGCUUCAGUGUAAACAGGCUCAGAAUCAAAUCUCUGAAUGUAAAUGAACCACAAACAGGCAGAAAAAUCACUUUGUUCACUUAUCCCCACAGCUGUUAACUUGAAAACUACCACUUCAUGACAUCACAAGGUUGAACAAAGCAUUUUGAGCUUUGGAGAUGUAGACAAAAUAAUAAACCAAUAAAUCAACAUUACUGAAAUGUGUGAAUGAAACAAAACACAGCUCCAGGUCUGUUUUUGAGAAGGUAACAACAUUCUCAUGUGUCUUAACACUCACAAGAGUCACUCUUCUGUAAUAUAAGACAAACCUGCACAGGCGAGAACAAAUCAUAUCACUCACAUUAGCUAGAACUGUUUAUGACAUUUCAGUAGUCUGAUCACUCCAGAAAUCUGAUCAUGAUCAGACUUGAGCGUGCGUGUGAACACAGGCAGUAUUAGUGGAGGGCUCUGUAUGCUGUAGAAAUGGUUUUGUUUUGUGGAGCUGUGCCUUUCCAAACCCGCAGUGCCUUGUUGUGACAUGAUACACAUGUUUUUAUUAUAUUUAUUUUGAAGUGAAGGUUCCUUGGUCUUUUCUACACUUUUUACAUGUGCUUUUAUGAACUGUCAUCUGAGCCACUGAGCCGAGAAGAAAUAAACUUGCUAAAAAAAAAGCCAA